UCCUUUCAUUCUUUCAAACCAUUUUAUCUCUCUCUCUCUCUAAAAAGCACAAAAGCCCCUGCAACUAACUUCCCCUCAGCUCCUUAUGGAAAUCCCAGUAGUGAAUAGAAUAAGCCAUUUCGAGGUAACCGCCUUGCCGAUCCCGUCUUUCCCUUCUCAGAGUACUUUCUCCAUUUCCGGAAUCGAAAAGGUCUUUAGUGUCUGGACAUGGGGUGCUUUAAUACUCGCCGUAAUAGCUUCCUUUGGCACCAUCAUCACUAGAGUCAACUUUGUUAUCAUCAGGAGGCUUCGCCACAACACCUCAGAGCCUAUCUCCGUCUUAGAAGAAGAUGAUUUCUCCGAUAUCGACGACGACGAUGACGACGCGUAUUCCGUUUCUACGUCCUCGUCGGUUUUCGAUGAGGAGGAGGAAGACGAUGAGGACAGAAGAGAUGAAGAUUUUAAAGUCUUGGGAUCCGGCCGUAAUUUGAGGCUCCGCCGUGGCAGAAGUUUCGCCGGCUUGAACUUAAACCGGUUCUCCUGGUCCGACUUCGCCAGCGGCAAGAGCGUCGUGAACCUCUGGGACAACUUAGCUUUAGGAUUGGACCAUGAUGACGACAGCGACGUCGACGAAUAUUCCGGCAGCGGCAGAGUCGUCUCCGUCUACGACAUGAACAAGCAGAAGAAGAUAAACUCCUUCUUCGCCGGAAGCUUCCAGGUCCCAGCGGCCGCCACGUCAUCACGGUCCACGAUUCUCACGGCGGACACGAACGCCUCCGGGCGCGUGGCGUUGGGCGUGUGGGACACGCGCGUGGGCAGCAGGAUUCCGGCGAUGAUGGCCGAGUGGGGGCCUCAGAUCGGGAGAAUCGUCGGGGUGUCGUCUGGCGGCGUCGAUAAAGUUUACGUCAAGGACGACGUUAGGGGCGCGUUAAUGGUUGGUGACGUGAGGAAGGUGGGAGCUCCGUUACGAAACGUAACGGAUGCUGACGUGAGCGAUACGUGGUGGGACGCCGACGCGGUUAUGGUCUCCGACGAGUGUUUUGAUGAGGUUGCCGCCGCGAAUGGUUGCGACUCGGCCGUGACUCGGUGUUGUAGUGCCGUUAGGUCUUAUCUGUUAUGAGAUGGAGAUGGAAACGGAUAUGGAAUAAUGUAAGGCUAUUAAUUAAUUUGUAAAUAUAUCCAAAUUUAUUUCUUUUGAUGGCAUCUAUUAUUAUUAUCCAUUUUUUGUCAAACUGUGUCCGGCGAGUUUAUACAUUUUGUUUUUAGAGACCAAAAAACAAAAUGUCAGUUACGUGGAUUGUGAUUGUACAUUAAAAAUUGGAUUUUGUAACUUCUUAAUUAAUAAGUUCCUCGUGAAACAUAUUGAAUUUAAAUAAAUUAUCAUGCACCAUCCGAAUAG